AGAAGACCAGGCGUUUCCCUCUCAAAAUCCUGGCGCUCUUUUAGUUUACUCUCAGCUAGGGUUUUUCAAAUCUACACUUUUUUUCGCUCAUUCCGAUUAAUCGCUUUUCUCUUGCUUUCCACCUAUCCAAACACCAAAAUUUUCGUGUUCACCCAUUAAAAAUUCUUCUAAUUAAUUUUUCUCGCUCUCCAAACGAUCAAUUUCCCGCACUCCCAGGAGUGUUGAAUGGGGAUGGUGAAUCUGACGGAGGGAGCGAUUUCAAAGAUAACGAGCGGACGGGCAACGGCCGCAGAGUUGAAGCCAACGCUGCAGGUGACAGAGCUGAAGCAGGUGCAGACCAAGCAGCCCCAACAGAGUGACCGGUUCCGCCUCGUGCUUUCAGAUGGGUCUCACUUACAGCAAGCAAUGCUGGGGACUCAGAUUAACCAUUUGGUUAAAGAUGGACACUUGCGCCCUGGUUCUGUUGUCCAGUUGAUUCAGUACACUUGUACCACCGUUCAAGGACGCAUGAUUAUUAUCAUCCUGGAAUUGAUUGUGAUAGUUGAAGAAUGUGCUCUCAUGGGACAUCCUGUGUCAGCACAAAAAUCUUUGGGGCCUCCACAAUCCUCCACUGAUCAACCAGUUAACAAUCUUGCAAAUCCUCAAUCAUUUGGUAGUAGUUCACUUGCUGGUGGGAUGGUUGAAAACUCAAAUUUGGCUGUGGCAUCUCCCCAAAACCCUAGAAUGAAUCAGUUGCAUAGUAGUUCUCAUUCAAGCAAUUUUGACUCAGGAAGACAGGGGGCACCAAAUAUACCUCCAUCUCAUCUGAAAGCCGAACCUGUUGCUAAUGCAGGCUUUCGCAACCCUAGACCAGAAAUUUCACAGACUCCUAGCACUUAUUCCUAUGCCCCUCGUCCAGCAUAUCAACAACCACCUCCAAUGUACUCUAAUAGAGGACCAGUGGCUAAGAAUGAAGCUCCCCCUAGGAUAAUGCCGAUUUCAGCACUCAAUCCAUAUCAAGGUAGAUGGACAAUCAAGGCAAGAGUGACAGCAAAAGGAGAGCUUAGGCACUACAAUAAUCCCCGUGGUGAUGGAAAGGUGUUCUCUUUUGAUCUUCUUGAUUCUGAUGGUGGAGAAAUUAGAGUAACCUGCUUUAAUGCUGUGGCUGAUCAAUUUUAUCACCAGAUUGAAGCUGGGAAAGUUUAUUUGAUUUCCAGGGGAAAUCUAAAACCUGCUCAAAAGAAUUUCAACCACCUUCGCAAUGAUUUGGAAAUUUUUCUGGAGAGCACUUCAAUAAUUCAACCCUGUUUUGAGGAUGACAGUGCAAUUCCAAGGCAGCAAUUUCAUUUCCGUUCCAUAACUGAAAUUGAGGGCAUUGAUAAUAACAGUGUUGUGGAUUUAAUUGGUAUGGUAACUUCUAUUACUCCUUCAGCUUCAAUAAUGAGGAAAAAUGGUACAGAAACCCAGAAGAGAACCCUCCAGUUGAAAGAUAUGUCAGGCCGAAGUGUUGAAUUAACACUAUGGGGAAAUUUCUGCAAUGCAGAGGGACAAAGGCUGCAGAAUAUGUGUGAUUCUGGUGGUUUUCCUGUUCUAGCUGUUAAAUCUGGUAGGGUGAGCGAUUUUAAUGGGAAGGCAGUCGGGACUAUCUCUACCAGUCAGCUAUUUAUUGAUCCUGAUUUUCCAGAGGCUCGGAGGCUGAAGGAAUGGUUUGAGAAGGAAGGGAGAAACAUGCCUUCCCUCUCUAUUUCAAGAGAAAUGGCAAGUGUUGGUAGGACAGAUGUUCAAAAAACUGUUUCUCAAAUUAAGGAUGAGAGGCUAGGGACUUCUGAGAAGCCAGAUUGGAUCACUGUCAGUGCAACUGUGAUAUUCAUCAAGUCUGACAAUUUCUGCUAUACAGCUUGCCCCCUCAUGUCUGGUGACCGACCAUGCAACAAGAAGGUAACAAAUAAUGGAGAUGGGAAGUGGAGGUGUGAGAAGUGCGAUCAGUCUAUGGAUGAAUGUGACUACAGAUACAUCCUCCAGUUUCAAAUACAGGAUCAUACUGGCAUUACAUGGGUGACUGCAUUUCAAGAGAGUGCUGAAGAGAUAAUGGGAAUAUCUGCGAAAGAUCUGCACUUCUUGAAAUAUGAAGAACAAGACGAUGAGAGGUUUUCUAAAAUUAUUCGGCAGGUUUUGUUUAGUAAAUUUAUGUUCAAGUUGAAAGUGAAGGAGGAGACCUUCAGUGAUGAGCAGCGUGUAAAAUCAACUGUGGUAAGAGCAGAAAAGGUGAAUUACUCAUCCCAGUCCAAAUUUCUUCUGGAAAUGAUGGAAAAGUUCAACUCAGGAAAUUCUGCUCCUUUUGCCCCCAAAAUGGAGCCGAAUUAUCCUCUCUCUGGAGCAAACAACACUGGUUUUGAAAGUGGUGGUAGACAAGGUGGACCAGUGGGAUCUAAUCAAGGUGGGAACAGCAGUUAUGCUGCUAGAGAAUUUGUUUCACUGCCAAAUGAGGUGGGUCAUUAUGGAAACCAGUAUAGUGCUAGGUUUCCUACAGCUAAUUAUUCUUGUAACAGCUGUGGUGCUACUACUCAUACCUCAUCAAAUUGCCCUAGUAUCAUGAAUGCUCCCAGGCAGUCUGAGAGAGGGGCCUAUGUCAAUAAUACAUCUUCUAUGGGCAGUGGUGGUGGUGGUGAAUGCUACAAAUGCCAUCAAAUUGGGCAUUGGGCAAGGGAUUGCCCAGGGCUGACUGCUGUUCCUCCGGCUUAUGGUAGCUCUGGGAGGUUUGGGGGCAUAUCGAAGCCACAGUUCAGCGGUUUCUGAAGUAUCUGGAAAGAUGCAGCACAAGUAUGUAAAAUAAGCUGCCUGCUUUGUUGAAUAUAAUGGAUAGUGUUUGAAGUUUUGAAUUUGGUGUUUUGCAUUAGGGUUUAUGAAGCUUUGUGUACAGAAUUUUGGGACCAUAAAUAGUAUCUUUUAUAGUUUAAUACUAUUCAAAGGAUGCUAUGGGUCAAAGCUACAAUAUCUAUCUGAGUUUGAUCGUUUUCCUUUUA